AUGCCGAAACCAAACAAAGGCGGUAACCGCAAGGUGUUUGCUCUUCCCACGGCACAAAAAAAGAAGGGGCUUGACGUUCCGAAAUUUCAAACCAAAAUCAACAAUGCCAAGCAAGCCCGGCCCACGCCAGCAUCUCUAGCCGCCCUUGCCGCCAACCAGAGCGAUAUUGACAUCUCGGCUUCUUCUUUCGACCUCGGUAACGUCACCUUUCACGAACCUAUCGACUCUUCCCUCACCCGCGAUUCUUCCUCCAAGGCGUUCAUGCGCGAGCUGCGUAAAGUGAUUGAGCGGAGCGACGUCAUCAUUCAGGUGCUCGAUGCGAGAGAUCCGGAGGGAACGAGGAGUCGGUGGGUGGAAGAGGAAGUCAGAAAAAGGGACAUGCAGGGGAAAAAGCUGCUGGCGGUGGUCAACAAGAUCGAUCUUGUGCCAAGGGCGAAUUUGGAAGCUUGGUUGAAGCACUUGAGGCAUUCUUUCGCUACCAUGCCGUUCAAAUCCUCGACCCAGAACCAACGUCAAAACCUCUCGCAAAACUCUGUGCUGCUAUCACAACCGACCACUGUGCCGGGGCAACAAGCAGUGUACUCUGAGCUUCCCCAAACGUCCUCAUCUCUUGGUGCACCUGCACUCUUGCAUCUCCUCAAGCAAUACGCCUUGUCCACCCCCCACUCUUCCCUCACAGUCGGCGUCGUCGGCUACCCCAACGUCGGAAAAUCCUCCAUGAUCAACUCGCUCAAACGUUCCCGUGCUUGUGCUGUCGCAGCCAUGCCUGGAAAGACAAGGGUCGUGCAAGAGGUGGUGUUGGAUAAGGGAGUCAAGAUUCUGGAUUGCCCCGGUGUCGUCUUGGAGGAUAUAGGGAUACAUCAGGAGGGCGAGGAGGGGCGGAGAAAACAGGCGGAGAUUAUGCUGAGGAACUGCGUCAAGGCUGAGCUGGUCGAUGACCCUAUUGCGCCUGUCGAAGUCAUCCUCAACAAAGUAGACUCUGCUCAAUUAGAGAAACUUUACAACAUCCCACCAUAUGAGAACGUCCGUGAUUUCCUCAUCCGCAUCGCCCUCACCAGAGGACGUCUCGGCAAAGGAGGUGUCCCCGACUUGGAAGCCUCCGCCGUACAAGUACUGCGCGACUGGAACAGCGGCAGGAUCCAAUACCACACUGUCCCACCCAAAUUCCACCCUUCGUCUGCCCCUGCUCCUCAAACUGCUGCAUCGGCGGCUCCAGCUGCUGGGGAUGGUAUGCAAGAUGAGGCUAUGGGUGAUGCUGUGGAGAAGGUUGGAGACGCCAAGAUUCUGAACUCGCUCAGUGAGGCAUUCACGCUUGACGGGCUGUUCGACAACCUUGGCGAUGAGGCUGCAUGGGAAGGAGACGAAGUGGUAGAGGAGGAACCGAUAGCGGAAGACCCGGAGAUCGUUGUCCCCGAGCCUGCUGUCGCUCCUGUCGCUGCCCCUGCCCCUGCCCAGCCAACAAAACCCAGACUGUCCAGCAAACGCGCUUUCGUAGACUCUAGCGACGAAGAGUCUGACGCCGACUCUGACGACUCUUCCUUCCGCCCCCGUCCCCGCGUUCUGCCAACUGCCACGACUGUAGAGCCCGCCGCUGCCGCGGCUGCUGUGGCUCCUGCCCUUCGCUACCCUGUACAACCAUCUCACGCCCAGGCAAACAAGCUCUUUACACCCGAAGAGCUUCUCGUUUUGCCACCUUCAUUGUCAGGCAAGAAGGCCAAGAAGGAUGCAAAGAAAGCAAAGAAGAGAAAGGCAGCGGUCGAGCGAACAGAAGGCGAGCUUAUGGCUGGAUUCAUGGAAAUGGACAUGGAAGAGCAACGGGAUGAUGAUGGUGCGGGUCUGUCGACUGUGAGCGGGUUGAACCAGCGCUCAAAGAAGGACAAGCGAAGAGAAAAGAAGGAGGCGCAAGACAAGCAGAGGAGAGAACAGAAGAAGGCACAGGAGGAGAUGGAGGUGGAGGCCAAUCCAGAGAUCAGGCAGGAGGCAGACUUGGCCAACUUUUUGGCCAACAUGGGUGCCGAGGGCUCGGACGAGGAGCUGUAA